CUGCAGGGUUAGGCCACUAUGCCGCUUAUAGCAUGUGGCAGCUAAUGCUUUAGCUUGUCGGGCUGGUUUUUGCUCCGUCUCGUGCCAUUCUGAAGUUUUUUCUUCUCCCUCGGUGGAAUCAAUUUGGCAAUUCGGCAAAGUAGAGGUACCGCAAGGAUAUGGCUGGAAGAGGCGUCCCACCAAUUAGGUCCUGCUAGCUUGUUUUCAGCCUGUGGCGUCCAUCCUAGUGUCCUUCUCACGUUAUCUGAUCCGAAGCUGGUAGUCUUUGGUGUCCCGCUGUCUGUGUUUUCCGCCCUUCGUCGCUCUUUUCCCACGUCUCUUUUUUUUUUCAUGAACCACCCACCAAACCUUGACUCGCUUCUGGAAAGACUCUAUCACAUGGCCGAUCGGCCGGUAUUACCCGUUUUCUUAUAGCCUCUUCCUUCUAUCCGUCCCAACGGUGUAGACGAGCAAGCCAAGUCUGCCGCUGCACCCUUCCCCACCACCAUCAUCGCACCCCAAUUCUGAUCCCACCCUACCUUCAAUACUCUUCCUCUUUCUUUCUUUCUUAUUCUUGCUCACUGCUGGCUUCAAGUUUACCUUCUCAUAUCUGCUCACAACUGGUGUACCAUCGCAAAGUCUCUCUGCUUAUAAUGGCCGUCCUCCGAGCUUCAUGGCUUGCGGCGGCGUUUGCCUUGCCUUGGCUCGCACAAGCCGAAACUGUUGUCCAUGACUUCAACAUCACUUGGGUUCGCGCCAACCCAGAUGGCAUGUUCGAGCGUCCAGUCAUUGGUAUCAACGGAAAAUGGCCCAUCCCGACAAUCAACGUCACACUUGGUGACCGUGUUGUCAUCAAUGUCAACAACCAGCUCGGCAACCAGUCCACCUCGCUGCACUUCCACGGUCUCUUCAUGAACGGCACCAAUCAGAUGGAUGGCCCUUCAGGUGCAACCCAGUGCCCAAUUCCAGUCGGAUCAUCCUUCACGUAUAACUUCACUGUCGAACAACCCGGAACUUACUGGUACCACUCUCACACAAACGCGCAAUACCCGGACGGUCUUCGCGCUCCUUUCAUUGUUAACGACCCCAAGUCCCCAUACAACGGUAAAUAUGACCAUGAACAGGUCCUUACCCUUUCCGACUGGUACCAUGACGAGAUGCAAGACAUGAUUCCCGUCUUUAUGAGCAAGGUCAACCCUUCUGGCGCUGAACCAGUUCCCGACUCUUCUCUCAUUAAUGAGCAGCGUGAUCUCCAGCUCUCUGUUGAGCCUGGCAAGACAUACCUCUUCCGUACCAUCAACAUUGGUGCCUUUGCUAGUCAGUAUCUUUGGAUUGAAGGGCACAAAAUGCAGGUUGUCGAAGUCGACGGUGUUUAUACCGAGGCUGCUGAAACAGACAUGAUCUUCAUUGCUGCUGCGCAGCGUGUUAGCUUUCUCGUCACCACCAAGAACACAACUGAUGCCAACUUCCCUAUCGUCGCCGCAAUGGAUACGACCCUUUUUGAUCAAACUGACCCCGAUGCCGACUACAACGUAACUGGAUGGUUCACCUACGACAAGACCAAGGAUCUACCCAAGCCCACUCUUCUCGACGAGUUCAAGCCCCUGGAUGAUAUGACACUCGUACCAUUCGAUCAUCAAGAACGUCUCCCGGAGCCCGACCGCAUCGUGGAACUUGAUGUCAUCAUGAAGAACCAAAAGAACGGUGCCAACUAUGCCUUCUUCUCCAACAUCACCUACACAAUGCCCAAGGUCCCCACCUUGUAUACUGUCAUGUCUGCGGGUGAUCUUGCAACAAACCCCGAGGUGUACGGAACAUACACUCACCCUUUCGUUCUUAAGAAGGGCGAGAUUGUGCAGAUUGUCGUCAACAACCUGGACAGUGGUAGACACCCGUUCCAUCUUCACGGACACCACUUCCAGGCUGUCUACCGCUCUGAGGAAGAAGCCGGCACCUUUGCUGAUCUCAAUGUUACGGAAGAUAGCCUCUCCAAGACGCCAAUGCGCCGUGAUACCAUGGUUGUUUGGCCCCAAGGAAACAUCGUGCUUCGUUUCCGCGCUGACAACCCCGGUGUUUGGCUUUUCCAUUGCCACAUUGAGUGGCACGUUGUUUCUGGCCUGUUAGCUACCUUUAUCGAAUCUCCUCUCGAUAUCCAAAAGCAAGCAGCUAUUUCAAAGGACCAUCUUGCUGCAUGCGAAGCGGGUGGUAUACCCACCAAGGGCAAUGCCGCAGCGAACAGCGCCAACUUCCUUGACUUAACUGGUGAAAAUACCCCGCCAGGCGAUCUCCCAGAUGGUUUCACUUCAAGGGGCAUUGUGGCCUUCGUUUUCAGUUGGAUUACUGGCAUCCUCGGAGUCUGUGUCGUGGCUUGGUACGGCUUAUCCCAGCCCAAGUCUGCUGCGUACUCUCGUCCCAUAGAGAUUGUUGAGGUUGCCAAUCAGGAGAAUGAUGGUGUAGCGGCUACCAACGAGGGAGCUGUGUUGACAACGGGCGCCGAGACCUCACAAAGAAGCUAAAGAGCAACCUUUCCUGACAGCCUGCACAGUCGUUAAGAGCUGCUAGUGUAUAUCUGAAUCUAUAAUAAAGUUUAUUCAUUGGAAGUAUCACAG